AUGGUGCUCCAGCAUAUUUGGGUCGCGGUGUUGUGGCCGCUGGGCUGCGCGUUGCACGAGGUGCACCUGGAUAAGACCGGAUCGUGGACCCUGCGGAAUGCGAAUGGAUCUAUCUCUGUGCAGGCAUCGAACGUCAGCAGCACCCAUUUGGCUCUUAUGGAGGCUGGAGUCCUCGAGGGCGACCCGUUCUUUCGAGACAACGAGGUGCUCUGGAGCUGGGUGGCCAGGGAAAAUUGGAGCUACAGCGGCUCUUUCGCCAGCACUUCGGACAUGCUGUCGAGGGGCAGCCAGGUCAUACACUGCCGAGUGGAAACGAUUGCGCAGGUCGUGCUGAACGGCAGGGUGCUAGGCAAGACCACAAAUUCGUUCGUGGAGUACGAGUUUGAUGUCUCUGGGCUUCUCCGAGGAAUCGGAGAGGCAAAUACUAUCGACGUGCACAUCGAGUCUCCUCUGAACUACGCAGUCUCGGAGGCGGGCAGAUACCCGUACGAAGUGCCAGAGUUCGACUACACGCCUGAGUUCGGACCGAAUCACCACAACUUCGUCCGCAAGAGUGGCAGCGACUGGGGCUGGGACUGGGGCCCUGCGUUCGUGCCCAUUUCCGGCGUCGCCAGCCUGCGGCUGGUCUCGAGGGCGGUCGCCAGCCUCUCCGGCGUCACAGCACGCCAGUGGCACAACCCCAACGGCUCGGUGACGCUCGACGUGGAGGCGCACAUUUCGGCCGUGGCCAGCGGGGACGCGGCCUUGCGCGCCGUCCUCGCGGCACCGAGAACCUCCAGCGGGGUCGACGGCGGAACCGUCUCCGAGGCAGCCGGUGCCCUGCAGGUGGCGCCCGGCCUCCGCCGUGUGCGCUUGCGCCUGCUCGUGGACGCGCCGCGGCUCUGGUGGCCGGCGGGCGCCGGCGAGCAGCCGCUCUACGCGCUGGAGCUCCGGCUGUCGGCGCUGGGGGAGCGGCGCCUCGGGGAGCGCGCGGCGGACGAGAGCGCCCUGCGCAGGCGGAUCGGCCUUCGGACCGCGCAGCUGGUGCAGGAGCCUCUUCCAGGUGGUGGUACCUCUUUUUUCUUCAUGGUCAACGGCCUUGAGGUUUUCGCAAAGGGCAGCAACAUGAUCCCACAGGACGUGUUCGCACCCCGCGCGGCAGAGGAGGCCGAGUGGGUGCUGCGCAGCGCGCACGCUGCGAACCAGAACAUGGUCCGCGUCUGGGGUGGAGGUUGGUACCAGCCAGACGCUUUCUACGAUUUAGCAGACGAACUCGGCGUCAUGAUAUGGCAGGAGAUGAUGUUCGCGUGCGCCGCGUAUCCCGCUCAUCGCAGCUUCCUCGAGUCCGUGUCCACUGAGAUAUCCCAGCAGGCGCUCCGGCUGCAGCACCACGCAUCUGUUGUGAUCUGGGGGGGCAACAACGAGAACGAGGGUUACGUGCAGGACCAAAUGGGGCCGAAAAUGGGGCCCGCCCCUCAUGAGGUGUAUCUUGCAGACUACGUGAAGCUGUACAUCGACACCGGGAUGACAGCUCUUAGAGCUGUCGACCCAGACGUUGCUUUCGUCGACAGUAGUCCCUCAAAUGGCGUCAUCAGCACAGAGCCGUACACGAAGCGCUGGGGAGAUGUGAACGACGUCCUCCGUGGAGACGUCCACUACUACAACUACGACGCGGACUGCGAGGACUUUACCACGUACCCCCGCGCGCACUUCGUUUCGGAGCACGGCUUCCAGAGUUUCCCUUCCUUCCUCGCGUACCAGCCGUUCCUGUCGAAGUCGGACUGGUCGCGCAACUCCACCGAGCUGCGCAGGCGCCAGCGCCAUCCAGAGGGCCAGGAGCAGAUGCUGAAGAUGCUCGGGCGCCACUUCCGCCUGCCCCCUGAGCAUGCAGCUGGCGAGGCAGCCCAGCGGAAGGCGUUCGACGACUUCUUGUACCUGACGCAGGUGCAGCAGUCGCGCUGCUACGAGACGGCCAUUGCACAAUGGCGCCGCCUGCGUGCGGACCCGAGCGUUAAGACGAUGGGCGUAUUAUACUGGCAGUUGAACGACAUCUGGCCAGGGCCGUCGUGGUCCUCGAUCGAGCGUUCCGGGGCCUGGCGGCUGACGCACAGCGCCGUGCAGCGCAGCUACGACACCCUGCUGCCCUCACUGGUCGUGGACAAGGGGAAGAUCCGGUCUUUUCUCACAAGCGAUUUGGCUUCUACUGUGCAGGCGACGCUUCACGUGGCUCUCCACCGCUGGGGCGUGCAGCAGCGACUCGAGGGCGCACACGUCCUAUCCUGCAACGUCACCGUGGCGGCAGGGACGAGCGAGUGCCCAGCGAUAGACUUGUCCGCGGCAAUGGAAAUUGCCAGCUGUGCAUCCGCGGAUUGCUUUGUGUCUCUGGAGGGCAGUGUAAUGGUUGGUGGCGUACCCAAGUCCUUAUCAGCGCAGGCGUUUCUGACGCCUCUCAAGGCUGCCAACCUGCCCAUCGCGAGCCUGCAGAUUGGUAGCCCCACGAAGGUGGCCACCAAACGUGCAAGCGUGACGGUGACCAGUAACGCCACGGCCGUCUACGUCGCAUUGGAGAGCGCGGCCGUCGUUGGGCGUUUCGUUCCGAACGCGUUUCUGAUUUUCCCCGGAGAUCAGGUGCUUGUCGAUUUUGAGGCGAGAGAGGCGUUUGACAUAGAUCGUUGGCAUGCGGGUUUGAAGAUCAGAUCUCUUCGAGACACAUACGAUGCGACACUUCCGUAUCAAGGCGGUGGCAAUGGAAGGGGUUCGGUGGCAGAUCCCGGCGGGCAUCGGCAAGAUGUUGUAUCGUUGUUUCAAUAA